AUGUCUUCAUCUUCUAAAGAUCAUGUCAUUAUUGAAAAUCAAGAUUCUGCAGGUUCAAUUUCUGAAGAAUUGGAUUUAGUUGGUAACCAAAGUCAAAAGGAAGAUAUUAAUGAUUAUCUUUACUUGGAAGGUCCCUGGUGGAAGCAUAGCCAUUUUAGAUUCUUGAAUUUCUGUAUUUUUUUAACGACUUUAACAUCAACUAACAAUGGUUAUGAUAGUAGUAUGCUUAAUGGUUUACAAUCACUUGCACGUUGGAAAUCGGAUAUGGACCAACCUAAAGGUCCUGUAUUAGGUGCAUUAAACAAUGGAAAUACGUUUGGAGUGAUGUUAUCUUUUCUUGUUGCUUCUUAUAUUGCUGACAGAGUUGGAAGAAAAUACUCUAUUAUGUUUGGUAGUACUCUUAUGAUUAUUGGUGCAAUUUUACAAGGUGUCUCCACAAACUAUGGAUUUUUCUUAUUUUCAAGAAUGGUUCUUGGAUUCGGGUCUGGUAUUGCUAUUGUUUCAAGUCCUUCGUUAAUUUCAGAAAUUAGUUAUCCAACUCAUAGACCAACAGCCACUGCAUUAUAUAAUGUUUUCUGGUACCUUGGUGCAAUUAUUGCUGCAUGGGUUACAUUUGCAACAAGAGAUAUGAAGAAUUCUUAUUGUUGGAGAGUUCCUUCUUAUUUACAAGGAGCUUUACCUUUUAUUCAAUUAGUAUUAUUUUUCUUAGUUCCUGAAUCUCCAAGAUUUUUAAUUGCUAAGGGUAAAGUAGACAAAGCUCGUGCUAUUUUACAUAAACAUCAUACUGGUGGAUCUAAUGACGAAAGAGCACUUAAAUUAGUUGAAUAUGAGAUCAAUGAAAUCACUGCUGCUUUAGAACUUGAAAAACUUUAUGCAAAUGCCAAAUACACUGACUUCUUUACAAUUCCUUCAUUCAGAAUGAGAUUGCACCUUGUCGUUUUCACUUCCAUUAUCAUGCAACUCUCAGGUAAUGGGUUGGUUUCAUACUAUUUAAGUAAAGUAUUGAAUUCCAUUGGAAUUACGGGACAAAAGAGACAGUUGGAAAUCAAUGGUUGCUUAAUGAUUUACAAUUUAGUAGUUGCGGGAACUGCUGCCAGUGUUGUAAGUAAAUUUAAGAGAAGAACAUUGUUUUUGUUUUCAACUGGUAUGAUGCUUAUACUUUAUGUUAUUUGGACUACUCUUUCAGCUAUUAACCAAGAAAGAAAUUUUGAACAAAAAUCGUUAGGUAAUGGUGUCUUAGCAAUGAUUUUCUUGUAUUAUGCUGCUUAUGAUAUCGGUGCUAAUGGUUUGCCAUGGUUAUACAUGACAGAAAUCUUACCAUACAGUCACAGAGCUAAAGGUAUUAAUAUUCAUAAUUUAGUUCAAACAUGGAUUGUUAUUUAUAACGGUUUUGUUAAUGCUAUCGCUAUGGAUGCAAUUGGUUGGAAAUAUUAUAUCGUUUACUGUUGUAUCCUUGCUGUGGAGUUCACUGUUGUUUACUUCACUUAUAUCGAAACUUCAGGUUAUACUUUAGAAGAAGUCGCAGAAGCAUUUGGUGAUGAUGCUGAUUUACAGUUGAGAUUCAUAAAGAGUCCCCCAUCCAAAGUCGUUCUUGAACACCAAGAGAAUGUUUAG